AGCCAAAUACAAAUCUUCUCUUCCAUAGUUUAAACACAAGAAAUGUUUCCUCUGUAAUGCAGCUAAUUAUUUCCAUAUGUCCAGCAGGUGGCACUGCUCAGUUUCCAUUAUCUCCAGUGGGUGUCUUGGUUUAACACACAGCACGUGCAGUGAGUGGAGCAUUGGUUUAAAAAGCUGGCAUCUUUCUUUUCUUCACAGUUUUCUCAUAACAGAGGAAUCACAAAGUCCCCACUUGCCAGAGGGAAAGGUCACCUGAAAAUAAGAAGACAAUGGAAAGAAUAGAGAUGGCAACACACCAUUCCACAUAGCCAAAUAGAAGCUUGUAGAUGAUCCUGAGCCCUUCUUUCUACCUUCUUCAAUUUGCUUUCCAGGAAGAAGAAAAAGAAGAUCCACAGUCAGUACAAUUAUAAUACCUCUGGUUAGUCAUUGUAGACAGAUAGAACUCGUCACCUGCUGAUUUUAAGAUGCUGAAAGCCAAAAUGCACAAACAGGGCCAGUCUGACCACAAACUCUCAGCUGUGGCCCCCUUCAAUGAGUCUGCCCCAGAAAAGAAAGAUGUUGAACUUAUCCUAGUCAAGGACCAGAAUGGAGUCCAGUACACGAACAACACAAUCAUUGUCCCAGAGUCGUCUCUCAAAUAUGAAGCACCAGUAGUGGAAGAGCAAGAGAGAGAGCACUGGGGCAAGAAAAUAGACUUUCUUCUUUCAGUUGUUGGGUUUUCAGUGGAUCUGGCCAAUGUCUGGAGAUUCCCCUUUCUCUGCUAUAAGAAUGGAGGAGGUGCUUUUCUAAUCCCAUAUACACUAUUCCUAAUCAUUGCCGGAAUGCCGCUGUUCUACAUGGAAUUAGCCCUUGGACAAUAUAACAGAGAAGGCGCAGCCACGGUAUGGAAAAUUUGUCCCUGUUUCAAAGGUGUGGGAUACACAGUUAUAUUAAUAGCUCUCUACGUGGGUUUUUACUACAAUGUCAUCAUUGCAUGGUCACUAUAUUACCUAGCAUCAUCCUUCACCUACGAACUACCCUGGACCAAAUGUGGGAAUGAAUGGAACACUCCUAACUGUACAGACCCAUCUCUUCUCAAUGUAUCUAUGCUGAGCAAUGGAACCAAAUACUCUAAGUACAAACUAACACCAGCUGCUCAGUUUUAUGAACGUGGAGUGCUGCACCUGCAUGAAAGUGCUGGAAUCCAUGACCUUGGACAACCACGAUGGCAGCUAACUCUGUGUCUCUUUGCUAUACUUAUAGUCCUUUUUUUCAGCUUAUGGAAAGGGGUGAAAACAUCUGGCAAAGUUGUUUGGAUAACAGCAACACUCCCAUAUGUGGUGCUGUUUGUUCUCCUUAUUCGUGGAGUAACCCUACCUGGCUCUUCCAGAGGCAUUAGUUCAUACCUCCACAUAGACUUUAAAAGACUUAAGGAAUCUGGUGUAUGGAUCGAUGCUGCAACUCAAAUAUUUUAUUCACUUGGUGCAGGAUUUGGCGUAUUAAUUGCAUUUGCCAGUUACAAUAAAUUUGAUAACAAUUGUUACAGGGAUGCUUUACUUACGAGCACCAUAAACUGUGUAACAAGUUUUAUUUCUGGAUUUGCUAUAUUCUCAAUACUUGGUUAUAUGGCUCAGAAACACAAUGUAAAAAUUGAAGAUGUAGCAACAGAAGGACCUGGACUUGUAUUUAUUAUAUACCCAGAGGCAAUUUCAACCCUUCGAGGAUCAACAUUUUGGGCUAUAGUAUUUUUCAUUAUGUUACUUACGCUUGGAAUCGAUAGUGCUAUGGGUGGUAUGGAGGCAGUGAUCACAGGACUUGCAGAUGAUUUCAGUAUUCUGAAGAGACAUCGGAAACUCUUUACCUUCUUAGUUGCUGUAAUUACAUUCCUGCUGGCUUUGCUCUGCAUAACUAAUGGUGGGAUUUAUGUACUCACACUCCUGGAUACAUUUGCUGCUGGAACAUCCAUUUUGUUUGCGGUUUUAAUAGAGGCCAUAGGAGUAUCAUGGUUUUACGGUGUUGACAGAUUUAGUGAUGACAUUUAUAAGAUGCUUGGUUUCAAGCCUGGCCUAUACUGGAGACUCUGUUGGAAAUUUGUGAGUCCUGCCUUUCUUCUGUUUGUUGUUAUUACUAGUAUUGUGACCUACAAUCCUCUGUCAUAUGAUGAAUACCACUUCCCCCCAUGGGCUAAUCGGACUGGAUGGAUGAUUGCACUGUCAUCAAUGAUACUAGUGCCUCUCUAUUUUAUCUAUAAAUUUCUGACAGUGCCAGGGUCCUUUAAAAAGAGACUUGCAUACUGUAUUACCCCAGAAAAUGAAUAUCAUCUAGUUGCUCAAGGAGACAUCAGGCAGUUUAAGCUCCAACAUUGGCUAACUAUAUGACAAACAAUUUCAUGAUCAACAUGUACGGCUACUCUGGGACAAGUCCAGUUUGGUGAUCCCAAUUGAAAUCCAAACAGCCUAUGAGAAGCAGAUACCUCUUCCUGUGUUCAAUGCCUUGUUUUUCCAUGAUCUCAUCAUAUUUCAAAAUGUUAAAUUAAUUGUCCUUAAACAGUUUGGUAUUACUGGUUAAGUAAUGUGUUUGCUGAGAUGGGUUCAAAAAAUAAAUUGUGUAGGCUUUCCAAUAAGCCUCACAUAAAAACUACCUCUGUAAGCUGUCUGAAGGGAAUGAUUGAUUACAGCUUUAGUUCAGUGGAAUAAUGCAAAGAUUAAUUAUUUUAAUUUUUUUUAGUUUACACUGAUGCAACUGUAGUCGCUCCAUUAAGUUGUAAAGUUUUUUAAAAGAACACUAUGAAAAAAGUGCAAUCUGUUAUGAAACCUUCCUUGUGUCACACAUAAGCAUCAGUUAUUAUCCACUAUAUAAUACCUACAUGCUGUAUUUUGCAUUACUAUUCAGUAAGCAAAUUAAACAUGCAAUAACAAUACAGAAACAGAAGACGAGAAGGCCUGUUUGUUAGACCUGACAGGUUAACGUAUUAUAGGCAAUUCUGCAGACCCAUUGCUUUUGUCAACCUCUUCUGAAGCCACAAACACGUCACUAAUCACAAAAACUCUCUUAGGCUUAUACAUGUGACCUGCAUAUGCUCAUCUGUUCUUACUCUGUCCUGAUGUGCUAGGCAGAUGCAGUUCCAGUUUUUCAUGUAUUAACAGUCAUCUUUCACCAAUGGCUCAGUAUUUCAUAUGUCCUAUAUCUCCACUGGACUAUUGGUUUGCUUUUAAAUUUAUUGUUGCAUAUAAUAUUUACAUUUGCUAUGCAGCUGAAUGAAAACUACUGACCAUUACACCCAGCCCAUUCCAACACCUAGAAGCUGGUCAUAGUCCUUCAGUAUAUAUUGGAAACAAUAUUCCCCCACCUGCUAACAAAAGAGUUUAUCGCUAAUAUACUGAGUUCUGAUAAUCUCCUGAAUCUUUGUAUGUGCAUGUAUAUAUAUGUAUACAUAUAUAGCCUUUUUAGGUUUAGUGGUUCUAUGAAAUAUUAUGUAACUUUGUUCUUAUUGCAUCUUCUUUUUUUUAUGAGACAUAUGGCCACAGUAACAAAAAGAUUGCCAGUAGUUUUCUGUCUUUCUUUAGAAAAUCUGUAGAAUAAAAAAUACAAAGUGUUUUUUCCAUUUUGGGCUUAUCAUAUCUUUUUCAGAAAGUGUUUGUAAUUAUAUAGUGUGUGUGGUCCAUUUAUAACUCCUGCUUCAAAUAAAACUUAUUUAAGUCACAUUUA